CACUUGAGAACAGUAUUUUGGUGAUGGGGUGAUAUUUGGCGAAAGUCUUGUGGAUUUGUUUUUUUCACAAGAUGGCAUAAUCCCAAAUUUGUCGAGAAAGACGGGAAGAGAUUGGUUUGCUUGAUUUGUGCUGGCCGUGUGGUAGACAAACAAGCGAAGUCCUCCGGAAUAUCCAGGAUAAACAAGGGAAGAGAAGAGCCCCACUUUUUAUUUUCCGGCUCAAAUAUCCGAAUCUCACCAUUCAAGAUUCAACCAACCGACCAAUGCCCCUCGCGUUUCGUUUCUCCCGGAUUCUCAAUCCGCGCCUCAACCCGUCCACGAAUCUUGGCCUCGCGCUCGCCUCCUCUUUCUCCUCCUCGUCCCGCCCAGAGCAGCCGGAGCUGCCCGGGGCCCGCGGUGGCGGCGGUGGGUUCCCGGCGACCAUCAGGGAAGGAAGGGCGGAGAUCUUCGCCGACGACUCCAACUCGGUGUUCUACAACAAGGCCCAGGCACAAAUCUAUCAAAGAAGAUGGGUUAACAACAGGGAUCUUUCCAUUGCUGUAUUGAGAUCGUUUAUUUCGAGAAGACGUGAAGAGCAUGAUAUCCAAUUAAGAAGAGGCAGUCAUGCUGAACUACCGCCGAAACAUCACGCUGAAGAAUUGGGCCACAUAAGAGGAUCAUCUGAGGACAAGGCAUUGAGUGAAGAAAUUAGCUAUAGAGCACCAAAAGUUCUUGAGGCUUUAGCUGCAUCGGGAUUAAGAGCCAUUAGGUAUGCCCUUGAAGUAGAUGGGAUUGGGGAAGUUAUAGCUGUUGACAACAAUGAAGUAGCUAUAGAGGCUGUAAAAAAAAAUAUCCACCACAAUGGCAGUGUGGCUUCUUCAAAGGUGGUACCUCAUCUUGCGGAUGCACGUGUUUACAUGCUCACCCACCCAAAAGAAUUUGAUGUGGUUGACCUUGACCCUUAUGGAUCUCCUGCAGCAUUUCUGGAUUCAGCAGUUCAGUGCGUUGCAGAUGGUGGUAUUUUGAUGUGCUCAGCUACAGACAUGGCUGUGCUUGCUGGUGGCAAUGCAGAAGUUUGCUUUUCCAAGUAUGGGUCUUAUCCACUAAAGGGCAAACACUGCCAUGAGAUGGCCCUGAGGAUUCUUCUUGCUUGUAUUGAGUCGCAUGCCAUCCGCCACAAGCGCUAUAUAGUUCCUAUAAUAUCAGUGCACAUGGAUUUCUACAUUAGGGUCUUUGUGCAAAUCUUCACUUCAGCUAGCACAGUGAAAAGCUCACCUCUUAAAUUGGCACAUGUCUAUCAAUGUACCGGAUGCAGUUCAUUUCACCUACAAAACAUUGGAAGGAUUAAUUCAAAGGACAAGAGGAAUAUCGCCCUACCAAAUUUUUCCCCUCUUGUGCCUCAGGAAUGUGCUGAAUGUGGCCAUAACUUUGUUAUGGGGGGACCUAUAUGGAGUGAUCCUAUGCAUGACAAAGAAUGGGCUGCUUCCAUCUUGUCAAGUAUCCAAGCUAUGAGUUGUGCAUAUUCAGCGUAUGCAAAGAUUUCAGCUAUAAUGACAUCAGUAUCAGAGGAAUUGCCUAAAGCACCUUUAUUUGUUAGUCUUCACAAUUUGUGUGCAACACUGAAGUGCACCAAUCCAACCAUUGCUACGUUUCAAUCUGCUAUCAGAAAUGCUGGUUAUCAAAUAUCAGGCAGUCAUGUGGAUCCCUUGGCUCUUAAAACGGAUGCCCCUAUGUCUGUAAUUUGGGACAUCAUGCGAUGUUGGGUCAAGAUUCAUGCUGUAAAGUAUCGACCUGGAAAUCAUCCAGGUACCAGGAUACUGUCCCAAGAGCCUAAAUUACAGGCAAAAUUUUCCCAUGUACCUGGGGGUUUAGCAGUACAGAAGAGCCCAAGAUUUGUACCUAAUCCUGAAAAAUAUUGGGGUCCUAAGACAAAGGCUGGGAGACAACCAAAGAGAUUACCAGUGGACAAUUUAUAAAUAUUUACUGACAGUAUGGUUGCAAACUAGGAGAUUGAGAUCAGUUGCAUUCUUUUGUUAGAAAACCGAGCAUAUACAAGCUCAAGUUCAAGCUCAGUUUCUGGAGGCAUGUAUGUCCUUUCGAAAAUUUGGUGGUCAUUACAGAUUACUAACGGUCAGUUGCGUGGGUUGGUGUUAACUACAGGCAUGUCCACUUUGCUACAAUUUUCAACUGCACCAAACUCUGGCAUUGCCAAAUUUUGUGAAGAUGGCAAUCCAAACAUAUCCUAAAUACUCUACCAUACCUUACCAUGCCAAUAUUUGGUGAUUUUCUAGAAACUUCACAUAAUACCAAACAAGAAUAUUUGGCAAGGUAACAAAUCAAACUACACCCAUAUACCUCUACCUUUCCAAAUUUUAGCAUCGUCAAACAUUGCCAAAUUUUGGUGUUGCCAAAAGUUGGCAAGAUUUAUUUUGGCAUCAAAGUGAACAAGCCCUACAUUUUCAUUGGAGUGCUAUUGGCAUGGUUUGAAAUUAUUGUGUUGUCAAAGAAUAUAAUAGUUGUUUCUAAGUGUGGACAACGAAAGUAAAUAUCUGUAUUGUUUGAUUCUUAGAACUCUGCCCUUGCAGUGUCCCUUGGGAGCCUAUUUAUAGAGCUAGGGUUUUGCUUACACAGUUUUACAUUGCUUAUAUUGUUAUCCUUUGAUAAUGACAUUCAGGGCUUGUUCGGAAUGGAGGGAUUUCACAUA